UAUGAUUUCGUCAACAAACACGUGUGAAAGAAUCUAGCAAACUAGUUAGCCAAGCUAAAAUACGAACAGCACAGUUUUGUGGAAAAGAUUAUCGACAAGGCGAGUUUAAUACGGUGUUAUGACAACAGAAAGGUCUCGCAAUCAUUUUUAACUAAGGUAUCACCUAGCACCACCAUGGGGAAAUCCAAACAGAUCGGAAACCACAACAGUACCAGGAAGAAGAGUAUUGGCAAGACAUGGAAGACAAAGAAUUAUACGAAGCACUUAGACCAAAUCCAUGCAGACAUGAAGCCCUCAGCUGCAGCCAAGUUGCUCAAACAGGAGGUGGACUAUGAUGUCACUGGUAGUGCCCAGCACUACUGUUUACAUUGCGCACGAUAUUUUGUUGACGUGCAAGCCCUGAAGGAGCACUUUAAAACCAAAGUGCACAAGAAACGGAUUAAGCGGUUGAAGGAUGAACCCUACACUCAGGCAGAAGCAGAUAGAGCUGCAGGUAUGGGUUCUUAUAUACCUCACAAAACCGUAGAGGUGAAAACACAAGAUGUGGAAGAGAAGAUGGACUGAAUGUGGACUGCCGUUCUUUAUGAAUGGAACACCUUUCUUUUUGGUGACUUUGAACUAUGGACAUUGCUUUACAUAAAUGCAUUACCCAUAUAAAUUUAUAUGUACAUGCACCUGUAAAUAUGUAAUGUCUGUGGCGCAAAAUGUGAACUUGUUGACAGAAACAAUAAUAAACUAAAAGGAAAUUGAAAUUCUA